AUGUACCUUUUCUUCCCUUUCUCCGAUUGGUCUUGGUGGAACCGUUUCACCGAUUCCACUCUCUCUCAUAACCUAUUCUUCUACGCUCUAUGCGCUGCUUACUCUCUCAUCUCCUUCAUCGCUCUCAUUCAACUCAUUAGAAUUGAGCUUAGAGUACCGGAAUACGGUUGGACUACGCAGAAGAUUUUUCAUUUAUUCAACUUCAUUGUUAGCGGAGUACGUGCUCUAGUGUUUGGAUUUCACGCUCGGAUUUUUUUCUUGCAUCCGAAGGUCUUAACUUUGGUGCUGUUAGACCUGCCUGGGCUUGUGUUUUUCUCAACAUACACGCUUCUUGUCCUUUUCUGGGCUGAAAUUUAUCACCAGGCAAGGAGUUUACCAACUGAUAAGCUCAGGAUAGUUUACAUCUCUGUAAAUGGUUUCAUGUAUUUUAUCCAGGCUGGUAUUUGGAUUUACCUCUGGAUACAUUACAAUGAUGUCGUCGACUUCAUUGGGAAGAUAUUUAUUGGAGGUCUAUCAUUUGUGGCUGCAAUAGGCUUCCUAAUAUUUGGAGGAAGAUUAUUUUUCAUGCUGAAGCGUUUCCCAAUUGAAUCGAAGGGGAGAAGAAAGAAGCUUCAAGAGGUUGGAUUUGUCACGGCCAUAUGUUUCACCUGUUUUCUAAUAAGAUGUGUUAUGGUUUUUGUAUCUGCGUUUGAUUCGGAUGCAUCUCUUGAUGUUGUGGACCAUCCGAUUUUGGACUUCCUCUACUACAUGGUGGUUGAGAUCCUGCCUUCAGCUUUAGUCCUCUUCAUAUUGCGCAAAUUGCCACCAAAGAGAAUAUCCGCUCAAUAUCACCUUAUCAGUUAA